GGGGAGCCGUCUGCCUUCCGCUUCUGGGCUGGAUUGACACACAAUGAGGAGCAGAGGCUGGGGAGACGCUCCACAAACGCCGCUGUAAAUAAAUACAACAAUCACUGAGGCCAGAGAAACAUGGAGAACCAGUGCACAGUGCAGGUGAAGCUGGAGUUGGGCCACAGAGCCCAGCUAAGGAAGAAGGUGACAUCAGAAGGCUUCACCCACGACUGGAUGGUGUUUGUCCGAGGGCCAGAGACCGGCGACAUCCAGCACUUUGUAGAGAAGGUUGUCUUCCGCCUGCAUGAGAGCUUCCCCAAGCCCAAGAGAGUAUGCAAGGAGCCUCCGUACAAAGUGGAGGAGUCAGGCUACGCAGGCUUCCUCAUGCCUAUUGAGGUCUACUUCAAGAACAAGGAGGAGCCAAAGAAGGUGUGUUUCAACUAUGACCUAUUCCUCAACUUGGAAGGCAACCCACCAGUCAACCACCUGCGCUGUGAGAAGCUCACGUUCAACAACCCCACCAAAGAAUUCAGGAGAAAGCUGAUCAAAGCUGGAGGGGUAUUGGUGGUUCCAGAGGGGGCUGAAGCCGUGUCGAGGCCCAGUCCAGACUACCCGAUGCUCCCCACCAUCCCUCUCUCUGCCUUCUCAGAUCCCAAGAAGACAAAGACCUCUCAUCUGUCAAAGGAGCCCAGCAAAGAGGGAAGUGGUGGCAGCAGCAAAGGACCCAAACCGCACAAACUGACCAAGGAGCACCGCGAACGGCCCCGAAAAGACUCUGAGAGCAAAGUCACGUCGAAAGGAGACAACGACAGAGACGGAAGCAGCAAGAGUGGCCGUGAUCCUUCCUCUUCCUCAUCUUCAAAAAAGCCGUCAGAGAUCAAAGUGAAAGAUGAAGUUAAAGUUCUACCCAAGGCUGCCUUCAAGGAGCCUAAACUCACCCUGAAGGAGUCAAAGAUGGAGGGCAUGUCCCCUAAAGGAGGGGGGGCUGGGCCCACAGAGCCCAAAGCACCGGGGAAACGACCCUCUACUGUCGAGUCUCCCAAACCCAGCGCAAAGAAGCAGAAGAAAGCCAGCUCAGAGGGGCCGAAGGGGCCGACCGUUGUUGCCUUCACAGGAACUUCUCCUCGUGUCUCCUCCUCCUCUGCAGCCAGCCAGCCGUACGCAGAGAAGAAACCUCCCAAAGAAAAAGGUCGCUGGGCCAAAGGCAAAAAUGACACGCAGGAGCCGAAGGAGCCCAAAAAACUUCCAGAGUCGGAAGAGUCGAAUUCAGAGGAUGAAGCAUCGUCCAAGUCAGAGCAGUCUGCCCCUUCCAGUCCUUCCAAUUCCAGUUCGAGCUCUGACUCCAGUUCAGAUUCCGACUUUGAGCCGGGACAGAAACAGGGGCAAGGCCCUCUACGAUCGAUGGUGGAGGAGAUCCAGUCAGAAGAGUCGGAUGAUGACGACAGCAGCUCAGAGGAGGAGACGCCCAUCAAGACCAACCCCCCCAACCGUGACUCUCGACUUAGCCUGGAAAGCGAGAGUGACAGCAGUGACGGCUCGCACAGCCCCAGUCGAGACCCCGCCCCACCCCCGCAGAAACACAGCUCCUCCAAUAACAAAGUUUCAGGCAGAAAGAGUCCAGAUUCCUCGUUUCGCUCAGAGAAGGUGUUGAAGAAGGGAUACGACAAGGCCUACACAGAAGAACUGGUGGACCUCCAUCGCAGACUGAUGGCUUUAAGGGAGCGUAACGUCUUACAGCAGAUUGUGAACCUGAUCGAGGAGACGGGCCACUUCAACGUGACCAACACCACCUUUGACUUUGACCUCUUUUCACUGGACGAGUCCACCGUCCGCAAACUACAGAGCUACCUGGAGGCGACGGCCACGUGACAGGAAGUGGAAACCGGCGUGGGGAAAGCGGCCUGUGGAUGGCGGCGGCGGAGGAGGUAGACUCGCCACCAUGUCUCCUCUUUUUAAGGAGGGGACACUCAGCCCCAUCAUGUCGCUGCCGUUUCACAGGCCCGACUGAACCAUCGAACAACUACCACACAAACAGAAACCCACGAACAGACACAAGCACACAUGAAGACACACCACGCUCACGGGACUCUGGGAGGAAACUGAAGGAGGUGGUGGAGGAGUUGUGGAAGGGGAGGGUGGAGGAGGAGCGGAGUGGCUGAACUUUGUCUACAGUCAGGAUUUUCACUACACAUCUCUUUUUUUGAGUCCGUGCAGAGCUGUGGUAUGCACCCCACACCCCCUCCUUCACCCUCCUGCACUCCCGCCUUUGCAAACCCAAUACUUCCCCUCCUCUUCCUCCCCCUUCACACGCACACUCCUUACUCGGCAGAACACUUCAGUCCCCUUCCCCCUGCUGUCAGCUGGAGCUCAUUUCUCUCCAAACAUACAACUUUGAGGUGUGUGUGUGUGGGUGUGUGUGUGGGUGUGUGCGCGCACGUGAGGCUUAAGAGGAGAUGUCGUCUUUGUGGUUACCGACUUCUCUUUGUUCUUGAAGCUCUAGCACAAACAGCCGGUUUUCCUCUUUUACACACACACGGUAAACAAAUACCGAUUCAGGUAAUAAUUGACUUGAACCUCCCCUGUUCAGCAUUUUUAAGCAGAAUAUAAAUGUUGAAUCAAUGGUUUAUAACACACUAUAAUGUAGUUGUAACUAAUCUAAGUAAGUGUACUAUAACUAAUCCUACGUGGAAGUUGGCGUAUAAACGGAUAUGAAUGACAAUAUAGUAAAAUACAAACCUGACAAUUACUGUACCUUAAACACUUUAAAAUGUAAAUGUACUUAUAACCCCAUUACAGUGUGUUAUAAAACUUUACAAGGCUUAGAAAGGCUACAUAGGGAUGGGGGUUAAAUUAAAGUGGUACCCAGAUUCAUGCACACGUUUGUCUCCCAGGUCCUUACACUUAACACUGUAUGUGAAGACACUGAGACGUGUGCUGUAUGUGUGUGGGUGACUCUGUUUUGGAUGAGAUUUCUUUGUUGUCUGAACAUUUAAAAACAUGUUCUGUUGAGUUUCCCCUCUACUUCCUCGCACUGAAAGCUGAGCCUUGACCUCCUACCAACAGCCCCCCCCCACCCCCCUUCUUCCGACUAAAGCCCCCUCACUCCAUCCCUCCUCUCCUCUAUAUUCUCAUAUUGGCGUGCAUGAAAGGGCUCGACUGCUCGCGGCCAGAGCAGUGGAGGAUCACUCUUGAAUUGCCUUCUAAGUGCUGGGUAGGGUACAGUUGGGAGGGGGGGUUAAAAAAGCAGUGAAAAAGUAGCCAUACUUGUCUCCCAGAAUCCAAAAAUAAUAAGAAAAAAAAAAUAGGGGCCACGCUUUUUUACAUUUUAUUUUUCUACAAGUGCAUUUUGUGUAUUUAUUCCCAGAUUGCGGUCAAGAUAACCUGUGAGCUAUGAAUGUAUAUCGCUUUUACUUUUCUACGGCUAGCGACAGCCCCACUCUAGUGCCUUUUUCUGCGACCGCAGUGUGAGAGGGGGGGGGGGUGUGCGCUCUGUUAGCCAUGGUCACACAGAUUGAACCCCCCCCAAAAUACCCCCCCUUGGGGAAACAAGUGUUAAUAGGAAUGCCUGAAUAUCCAGUAUUGUCUUAAUGGCUUCCAUCUCUGCUUCUCCUUUUCCAGUGUCUUUGUAGGCUGUUGUCAUUUUAUCAGUGACAUUUCUGUUAAGCCCUCUAGAAAUUUUAAGACCACUAUUUUUCCCUGAUGGUGGUCAUGUUUUUAUGUUCUUGCUUUCUGAGUUCAGGUUCAGUGUUUUAAAGAGGAAGCGUUGUGUGAUUAUGUGGUAGUUACUCGCAGUAAUUAGCUCUAGUAACAGUUGCUUCAGCUGUGUUGUGCGUUUUGUGAGACGGUUGUCGUUGAAUAGGGUCGGGGUUCCCUCUUCAAGCGAUUUGAAGUAUUUGAACUAAAGAAGGAGCGUUUAAUACCAAGUUACCAGGCACUUGAAGAGCAUCAACAAAAAGGGCAUGUAGGCAGAAAAUAAGCUAAAGAACCCUCUCCUUGUGUUUUCUUUCCCUAAAUAAUUCCAUACUAUUUAAAUGUAACUCUCAAGGGUCUGCAUUAUGAAGCAAGAUCAGUGGGUUAGACUGCUACCUUAAACCCAGGCGGACCAGUCUCAACAAAGCUGGCUCACUUUUAACUAGUUUAGAUCACUGAACUUAAGAGAAGUUUCACUUUGGAGGAUUACAUCAAAACCUGUAAACGAAUGGUAAUAGUGAGCACAAAGCAACAUGUUCACACGCCGGCUUUACAUGCUAACUAUAUCAGACAUUUAAGAUACGUUUGUAGCACAACCCACUCAUUUUAUGUUUGCGCCUUUAUUAGAGGUGACAGGAAAUCGGGGGAAAGAAGAGAGGAGGCAUGACAUGCAACAAAGGUCCCCCAUCAGACUCAAACCGCCAACGUUGCGGUUCAUCGUCAGCGUCUUAAGCCCAGCAGUUUCCCACAGUGCUUCUAGCACAACAAAGCAAGUUGGCCAUAGUUCUCAAUUUUGAAUGACACUUACUGUCACAUUUAAUUGAGCUGAAAUUCUUUAAAUGGUACAGAGUUGUCUGUUUUGCAUUAAUGAUCUAUUACUGCAGCUCAGAAGAACAUGCAGGUAUUCACAGUGACGAUGAUCAUAAAUAAAAAGAAAUAACUACUAAUAGCAUCUUCCUUAAAAUAAUGUUCACACACACUGAUAAUUGGCCACUAGUACAUUUCAUACACAUGUUGAGUCUAUUAUUUUUAAGAUCGGGACACUUCGGAGUGCAUUAUCAGCCUUAUGUCGUAGCCACUUCCCAAAGGAAAUAAAGGUAGACUGUUUAAAUCCAUGGUUAGGUUAUCUUUAAGAGCAAGCCAGUGUGAAGCGGUAUGGUUGCUAUUGUUACAUGCAGUUUAAUUAACAUUGUGCACUAAUUUAAAACAAUUUAACUGCAAUUACAGUGACAGGAACUAUGUUUCAAGUGUCCAGAUGUAUGACCUUGUUCAAACAGACGCCUGCCAGCCAUUUAGAGGUCUCUCUUAUUUUCUGUGGCCAUGGAAUAAUGAGCAAACCUUUUUAUGUACACAUUUACUCUCCAGCUUUUUGCAGCUGGAACAGUGCUACUUUUUCAUUUGUUUGAUCAUCGAGAAACAUAGACGCAGACAUGUCAAUCAAUUCUCUCUCUCACUCCAAAACAUGUUGAUAAUGGAGUCAAUGUACAGUUUAAUGAAGACCAUGUCAUAAAGCCCACUGUUAGCUGUAGUCUAUGCACUGAUCCGACUUUUUCAGUCCCGAUACCUGGGAAAACCGAUCCCAUACCAGUGUUUAAUUAGUGAGCUGUAUAUGCCUCCCUGUGUGGAAGUGACUGGGAUCAUUCUUUUAUGUGUAAGGCAACAUCAGGCUUGACUUAAAGGAAUCCGUGCGUGCUGUAAUGCUGUCUGACGGCUCCAGCAUUAGCUUAGCCCAGCACAGAUGCUGCAGGUAACUGGUUCCAACUAGCCUACUGCUCUGAA